AUGAGGAUCGCCCUUGUUAGGGGCUGUUUCUGCGCUCUUGGCAUGUGUCCUCUGCACCGGAUCGUGGGCGACAUAGAUCGGAAUAUGUACAAGGAUUUCCUUGAAAAGAAGGUGCUUCCAUUUGAACGUCGAGUUCACGCCCGGGCUCUCAUUUUCCGAGAAUGACCCCAACCAGCAAUCCAAGGACGUCUGCAAGUGGUUCGGCUGCAGAAAAAUGUGUCGUCUCGACUGGCCAAGCCGAAGUCCGGACCUCAAAAUCAUCGAAAUCAUGUGGGAAGAACUGAAGAGACGACUGGCAUACAAAAAAACAUCAAGUGUGGCUGAAAAAUUCCCGCAACUCCAAGAAGAAUGGAAGAAGAUCGAUCAGGCUUGCAUCGACAAGAUCACCGACAGUCUGCCGCGAAGAUGCCGAGAUGUCAUCGAUUCAAAGAACGCUGUUACAACAUAUUGA